AUAGGACUGUGCGACAACAAGCCAACGGGCUAGAUUGCACCACUCAAGAUACGGCGCACAUCAUUACGCCCAUUACUUGCGUUUGAAAACGAUGCCCUCCCCCUCGCAAAGCACGCCGCCAACGCGCAACACUAUCAACCAGCGCGCGUCCCGUGCCAGGCGCAAGGAUUAUAUUACCGAGCUGGAGCAGAAAGUGCGCGACUUCGAGACUCAAGGCGUACAAGCCACAGAGCAUGUCCAGAGAGCUGCAAGGCGCGUUGCUGACGAGAAUCGCGCCUUGAGAGAGGAGGUUCAAGCCUUGCGAGCAAGGAAUGCUGAGCUGGAGAGCCUCAUAACUACGGGCAUAGCCAAUGCCAGUGCGAAUGGCCAUGGCCAUCCUGACUACCAGCAUCCAAGCAACGAGCCAACACCAGCAGGGUAUCCGACUACGACAACCCUUUCAUCCAAGCCUGUGGAACAGCACUACCCAUCACCACCACAGAUACACGAGCCGCAACCGCAACCGCUAGCGCCGGCAGUGAGAGACGAUACAAUCUCGACGACAGCAGCGGUCAACCAUCCCUCCGUUUCAUCGGGGCCAGAUAUAGCCCAUGCAUCUUCCACAGGAAGACCAAUAGAGCAGCUGCCUCACAUUGCGAGUGGACUUCAACCAUCAGCAGCAGGAAGCGACGUGGCUUCACUCUACUCCUAUAGUGGAACAAUUGACGAUCAUGUCGAAGACGAUAAUACGAUGGUCAAUGCCCCAGAUCAACAAGAUCUGAUUAGCUGCUGUGUCGGGCCGAACAGCACGUCCUGUGCCCAAGCAGCCAUGAUCAUCGCGAGUAUGCGUGGGAUACAACCAUCAGACGAAACCCUGGAGAUAGAGAUACUACCACAACUCGGCUGCGGUGUUGGUGGCGGUGACGGUGGCUGUGGUCCGGCGAAGUCUGCGAGUUCAGCGCCCGAAUUGAGUCCGAGGGUCACUUACAAAGACGCUCAGAAUUGUACGGUCGAUAAUGUCAGGCUUUUUGGCAUUCUGGAUCAGGAGAGAAGCCUUACAUGAUUUUGUUUAGGACAAGCCUCUUCGCUCUUCAGCCGCAAAACCACCUUUUGCAGCGAUCAGCCGGUCAUUGCAGGCGUCGUCGUCGUCGUCGUCGUCGUCGUCGUCGUCGUCCAGAAGCAACAACUCCCUCGACCGAGCCCCUUGCUGCCCUGAAACAAGGACCCUUCAAAUCAAGGCCGCGCGUGGUUACAGCGGUCUAUCAGCUUGACUAGAUCCGUACUCAACGUGGCAUCUGAACGCCGGCGAUGAUGCAA